UCUCUCCUUUUAACUUCAUCAUUCAUCCGUUAGCUCUCGCUCCCUUUCUCCUCCUCAACCUCCCUCGUCUUCCACCAUCUCUUUUCUCCUCUUUCCGCCAACAACAAAAGUUCAGAUCAAAAAAGAAGGGAAAAUAAAAAAGGCUACAAAACAAAGUAUCCGAGGAAAGAAGCAUUCAGAGAAGUCAAUCUCAGCAUCAAAUCAAGCCAUCAAAUCAUAUCAUCAAAUCAAGAAGAGGACUUGACAGAAGAGAUUUGGAGCUCAAAUCCAUCAAAUCAACUGAGCAAGAAGAGGUCAGAGAAGAAGAAGAAGCUUCAAAGGUUCACAGAAACAGAGAUAAACAGGCAUCAUGUCAUCUUCUUCAGCUGCCGCGUUUUCUUUGGAACAUCUCUCUCCACCUCCAUCAGAACAGCUCUGCUAUGUUCAUUGCAACUUUUGUGACACUGUCCUCGCUGUGAGCGUGCCUUAUAGCAGCUUGUUCAAGACAGUGACGGUGAGGUGUGGUCACUGCACUAAUCUUCUAUCUGUUAAUAUGCGAGGGCUUCUUCUCCCUUCUGCCAAUCAGCUCCAUCUUGGCCAUCCAUUCUUGGCUCCUGUCCAGCACAAUCUUUUGGAGGAAGUGCUGAGUUGCCCUCCACCAAACUUGAUGUUGGAUCAGCCCAUCCUGAGCAACAACUCAAUUCCACCUGCUACAAAAGUAAUGGAAGAAGAGCUUCCUCAGACUCAAAUGGCCAAUAGACCACCGGAGAAGAGACAAAGAGUUCCAUCGGCAUACAACCGUUUCAUCAAGGACGAAAUCCAACGCAUCAAAGCUGGCAACCCCGACAUUACUCACAGAGAAGCAUUCAGCGCUGCAGCAAAGAACUGGGCCCACUUCCCCCACAUUCAUUUCGGGCUCAUGCCCGAACAGGCCAUGAAGAAGACCACCGUUCGUCCUCCGGAAGGAGAGGAAAUUCUGUUAAAAGAUGGAUUUCUGGCAGCCGCAGCAGCAGCCAGCAUGGGAAUAUCUCCAUUUUAGUUAGGGUUUUGGUUGUUGCUAAUGAUUUAGGGCUCUUCUUUCUCUUUGCUCUUAUCAUAAAAAGGAAUUAGGCUGUGAUCUCUAUUUCUUUUUUAGCUGUCUUUGCAAGUUUCAAUGUUGAGCGUCAGUGAAAAGAAGACAAUGCUGCAUGCCUUUUUUUUUUUUUUUUUAGUUUUAUCUAAACGCUGUUACAGACUUCUAUCUCUUUGAUUAA